AUGCUAGCAAUCGAAGGAACAACUCCACAAAGUAACAAAGAAGUAGACGAUCUUGAGAUCACUUUCAACCAAGCAGACAUAUGCUCGGUCGCGCCACACUCAAACGAUCCAGUGGUAAUUUCCAUCCAAACAGGCGAGUUAUUGGUAAGAAAGGUCCUUCUGGACCCAGGUAGUAGUGCUGAUGUCUUGUUUUAUACUACUUUUCUGAAAAUGAUAAUAUCCGAAAGACUUGUACAACCCUCUUCCAGAGAAUUAGUCGGAUUCUCCAGUGAAAGGGUACCGAUUAAAGGUUACAUAUGGUUGAAGACGGUGAUAGGGAACCACCCAUCAUCGCGCAACAUCGACAUACAAUAUUUGAUAGUUGACUGUCCCAGUCCUUAUAACAUCAUACUCGAAAGACCUGCUCUGAACAUAUUCAGGGCAGUAGUUUCAACCUUUCACCUAUGUGUAAAAUUUCAGGCACAUGACGGAACAAUAGCGACACUUCACUCAGACCGCCAACAAGCCCGACAGUGCUACAACGCAAGCUUAAAAAAGUCGACCCCGAGAAUAGAACAACAAGAUGUCAAAGCCAUCCACAACACAACUGAGGUACUAUCCUUAGCCGACCUGAACCCCCACGAGGACGCCCGAGAAAGACCCGAACCAGCAGACGAACUCCAAGAAGUCUCACUGACAACAAAGCCCGGACAAGUCACAUACAUCGGCCAAGCACUACAAGGAAAAGAAAGAUCGAAACUUAUAAAAGUGCUACAAAGCAAUGCUGAUCUAUUCGCCUGGACCCCAACAGACAUGCCAAGGAUAGAUCCGAACAUUAUCUGUCACCAACUCGCCACCAACAAGACAAGCCGACCUAUAGCUCAGAAGAAGAGGAACCUCGGGUCGGAAAAAUCAAAAGCAGCGCUGGAAGAAACCAAAAAACUUCUUAAAGCAAACUUUAUCAAAGAGAUCAGAUUCACCACAUGGCUUUCGAACGUGGUAAUGGUAAGAAAAACUUCAAGUAAAUGGCGCAUGUGCGUCGACUUUACAGAUUUAAAUAAGGCUUGCCCUAAAGAUGCUUAUCCUCUACCUUGCAUCGAUAAACUCGUUGACAGUGCAUCAGGUUUCAAAAGUUUAAGCUUCAUGGACGCAUAUUCUGGCUACAACCAGAUACUUAUGCAUCCAGAAGACCAAAGCAAAACAGCAUUUAUAACUGAACAUGGAAAUUUGUGUUAUUGA